AUGAGCGCCGGAAGUGCGACGCUAGAGCAUGAGCUGGCUAGCACACGGCGUCUGCUAUGGGGCGAGCAUGUAAAAGAAGAUGUAUUUCGGCGCUGGUCACAAGGAUUCCAGUUCAGCACCGACGAGCCUAGCGCUCUCAUCCAACUGGAAGGCGGCCCAUGUGCAGCUAUCGCGCCCGUUCAAGGUUUUCUUCUCAAGAUUCUUUUGUCUGAGACACCAGGACAUAGUUUUCAGGACUUGACAUCUGAAAAGUGCAAUUCUUUGCUUGUUAGGGCUGUGUGUACAAUAAUAAGCCAGUGCCUAGUUUCUAAGUACAAUGUGGCUGUGUACCGUAAGAAUGAUACAGAAGCAAACACCAGCGCUGGCAAUAAUGUAAGUGUAGAAGAACAAUCUUGUGAUGCAAUUGACCAUUUUCACAGAAGGAUUGAAGUUCACUCGUUUCAAACAUUAUCGGAAGUUGAAGCUUUCUACACAAGGAACAUACGCAUUUUGAAGGACAAAUAUGGUGUCCUGCUACUGUUGUACAGUGUCAUUCUUAGUAAGGGGGUUAGUACAGUAGAAGCAGAACUGGCCGAAUUAUCUGAUCCCUUGAUACACUCAACAUAUGGGUAUGGCUCUCAAGGUCUCAUUAAUCUUAUGUUGACUGGCCGAGCAGUGGCACAUGUCUGGGACCAUGAACAAGUUGUCGGGGGAUUGCGACUGAGAGGCAUUGAAAGACAGAAUGAUAUAGGUUUCCUUACUAUAAUGGAGCAUAUGCAAUAUUGCACAGUUGGCUCCUUUUAUAAAAAUCCUAAGCAUCCUGUAUGGGUUUUGGCAUCUGAAACGCACUUGACCGUGCUUUUCUCAUUGGAGCGACGGCUGGCAGCACCGGAGACUGCUGGUGAAUCAGCUGAACGUAUCUUCCGUUCUUUUGAUCCUGAGGGUAAUAAUUUUAUACCGUCUGCUGCACUUCAAGAUGUGUUGUGCGCUGCAGAUCUUGUGAGUGAACCUGAAUAUGUAGAAUUAAUGAGAAGAAAACUGGACUCCGAGAACCUGGGUAUCAUUCUAUUAAGUGCAUUUAUGGAUGAAUUUUUUCCGGGAUGUGAACGUGGUGCUCCUGAUACUUUUACUUUGCACCAUUAUAAUGGUUUGCUUCGCAGUAGCCCUGGUGGUCGUGUUGUUUACCGUACUGGUCGCGCAGCUCUGCUUGAGUGUCCAAUGCGAGCUGCUACCACAGACCCCAUGCUUACAUGUCUUCAGACCAAAUGGCCCAGCAUUGAUGUUGUUUGGGAUGAUGGUCAAUCACCCUCCCUAAAUUAG